GGUGUAUUCAUACACUUCAUGCUCACUGUUGAGUUAUAAGCUAAGGAGUUUUAUUACACACCGAUCAGACACACAUGUUGUAUUUAGCAAGUAUCAAUUCAUGAAACGCCUUUCCUGUGUACAUAGUGUACACAGACAAUACAGAGACGCUAGGACACUAGCCAUGUACGACGCUAUAGUAGUAGGCGCUGGAGUAAUAGGUUCUUGGACUGCUUUACACUUGGCGAAAAAGGGUAGAAAAGUUCUGCUUUUGGAACAGUACCAACGCUCCCACACACGCGGUAGCUCGCACGGCCAAUCCAGAAUCAUACGAAAGCUUUACGUCGACCAACACCAUGCACAGCUAAUGGACGAAGCUUACCAACUAUGGAACGAGCUACAAACUUCAAGCGGGAUCGACUUUUUCAAGAUAAACGGCCACAUUGCUGUUUGUAAAAAGUCAGUCGGGAAGAUUAAGAAAUUGGUUGCAAGUUGUGAAAAACAUGGAAUCGAACAUAAAGUUUUGGACGGAUCUCACGUGAACGCAGAAUUCCCGGGGUUGAAAUUUAACGACGAUUUUGAGGCAGUUUAUGAACAAACUGGUGGUGUACUUAAUGCUGAUAAAUGUCUACGAGCAAUUCAGGUAUAUUUGUUGUCUGGUAUGAGUUGUGAAACACUAUAUCAAUAUUGCUGUAUGGUUAUCUGUGUUAUAACUUUACCAUAA